AUGAUACAAAGGGCUACGACGACAAGAUCGACUGGUGUAGAUGAGGACUGUGUUACUGUAAUCUUGGACAACUACGAGGACGCUACGAGGGACGAGAUUUGUCAAUUGCAGGAUGACGGUAGCAGUGACAGUUUCAUUAAGAAGAGUCCCGAUAUUUUGGAGCACAAUGUAGACCCGAACGACGGCAAUAGCCUUAUUCAAGGCAGAGAGCUUUCAUGUUUUGGAAAAGAGAUGAGGGCUUUGCAACGGGAUCCCAGAGUAAUGAGUAAGCCGUCAGUGCUAAAAGGCUCGAAAAUAACACAGACAGUUUCAACCGCAAGACCCAUGACAUGGGUCAGUGUAGCUACUGAAGAGAUAUUUGACUGUGAUCAAGUACCGAGUACAAGUGCAAUGCAAGUUCGACGACAGAAAAAUCGCGAUUGUAUGCGACGAGCACGACAACGAAAACGAGGAGAAGUUGAUGAAAUGAAAAAUACACUUGUCGAGCUGGAAAAGCAAUACACAGCGUUGUGUGUUCGGGUUUCUAAAAAGAAUAUGACGUCGUCCGUGACGACAUCGACUUACUUACCAACAAAUUAUUGUCAAGCUGUGACAUUGAUCAAAAGACUUGGAGCUGAAAAUUUGUACCUAAAGGCAAAGAUUCAACACCAGGCCACAUGGAAGUUACAUUUGUACUCAAUUCUAGAGAAUUGUUUCGAGACGGGCGGACCAAGAUGGGCGCAACAGUUCCAACAGCCGGCGUUAGGAGGCGAAGAAGCAGAUCGAAUGCAACUUGAACGGCUCGAUGCAUACGAGGCAGCUCAAGUCUUUGGCUUUUACAAGUUGACGGAACUGGAUUUGACCCAAGUAAUUCUGGACAAUAACUGGACAAUGGGUCGCGUGCAGAAUAAGUUGCUUAUUCAUAAUCCGGAUGCGGAAGGACGGAAGACACGAAGGAUGCAGACAUUUGGCUGGGAUAUUGUGCAGCGCGUAGACGGCAGUAUCAUGGAGUGCGUCUUUACCAAGAUAUAUACGGGUCUUAAUGUGAUCGAGUUGAUGCAAAAGACCUGGGUCAACGAUAUGAGACUGGAUCGAUUCAAAAAAGUCAAGUGUGAAACGAGUCGGCUCGAAGUACUACAACAGAUCAAUCCGAACGCUUACGUGCUCGGCCGUGACGUGACGAAAACGAUCCCGGCGAGCGCGGAUUUAAUGGCCACACCCACAUACAUUGACGCGCCCUCGACAUCACCAAUGUCGUAUAGUUUAGAUUCGGAGGUGGACGAUACGAUGCUUGAAGUUACGGGAUACGUUCUGGGCACACAGAGUGUGGAUAUCAACGGGUCUCAUUGUAGAGACGAGACUGAUGAGAAGCUGGCGUGGGCACACUUGUCACUAUCGAUUGAGUUUCUAAACGUGGUAAACCCCGUUACAGGUGAAGAGUAUCAGCAACUGCGCUGGACAGGUCGCACAAAUUAUUGCGGAGAGGAACACGCACACCGCAAUGCUAGCGAUACAUUGCAAGGCAUGUUACGUUGGGAGUUGCUAACGAUCGCACCAGCGCUAAACUUAGUUUCUCUUUCGCAGGACUAA